AGCUAGCUCUUCUUCUUCUCAGUCACACACUCCCCAGUCUCCACUCCCGGAGCCGGAGGCAACACCACCACCAACAACCAACAAUGCUCCUCCCCCUCGUCCUCCUCCUCGCGGCGCUCGCCGCCAUCGACCCCGCAUCCGGCAGCGACGCGGACGCGCUGCUAGCGGCGAAGGCCGCCCUCGACGACCCCACGGGCGCGCUCGCCUCCUGGACCUCCACCUCCCCCAACCCCUGCGCGUGGUCCGGCGUCUCCUGCGCCGCCGGCUCCAACUCCGUGGUCUCCCUCGACCUCUCCGGCCGCAACCUCUCGGGCCGCAUCCCGCCGUCGCUCUCCUCGCUCCCAGCCCUCAUCCUUCUCGACCUCGCCGCCAACGCCCUCUCGGGCCCCAUCCCGGCGCAGCUCUCCCGCCUCCGCCGUCUCGCCAGCCUCAACCUCUCCAGCAACGCCCUCUCGGGCUCCUUCCCACCCCAGCUCUCCCGCCGCCUCCGUGCACUCAAGGUGCUCGACCUCUACAACAACAACCUCACGGGCCCGCUCCCGGUCGAGAUCGCCGCGGGCACCAUGCCCGAGCUCAGCCACGUCCACCUCGGCGGAAACUUCUUCUCCGGGGCGAUCCCAGCCGCGUAUGGGCGGUUGGGGAAGAAUCUGCGGUACCUCGCCGUCUCCGGCAACGAGCUCUCCGGGAACCUGCCCCCCGAAUUGGGGAAUUUGACCAGCCUCAGGGAGCUUUAUAUUGGGUAUUAUAAUAGUUACUCUGGCGGGAUUCCGAAGGAGUUUGGGAACAUGACGGAGCUCGUCCGAUUUGAUGCCGCUAAUUGUGGGCUCUCUGGCGAGAUCCCCCCGGAGCUCGGGAGGCUCGCGAAGCUCGACACGCUGUUCUUGCAGGUGAAUGGGCUCACUGACGCUAUCCCGAUGGAGUUGGGGAACCUCGGGAGCCUCAGCUCGCUCGACUUGUCCAAUAACGAGCUUUCCGGCGAGAUUCCGCCGAGCUUCGCGGAGCUCAAGAACCUCACCCUGUUCAACCUAUUCCGGAACAAGCUCAGGGGUAACAUUCCAGAGUUCGUAGGCGACCUGCCUGGCCUUGAGGUGCUGCAGCUGUGGGAGAACAACUUUACUGGAGGCAUCCCGCGGCAUCUCGGCCGCAAUGGCCGAUUCCAGCUGCUAGACCUUUCGUCGAACAGGCUCACGGGCACACUCCCGCCGGAGCUCUGCGCGGGAGGCAAGCUGCACACGCUCAUCGCGCUCGGUAACUCCCUCUUCGGCGCGAUCCCGGAGUCCCUCGGCGAAUGCCGGUCUCUGGCACGCGUCCGCCUCGGCGAGAAUUUCUUGAAUGGUUCGAUACCUGAAGGUCUCUUCCAGUUGCCGAAUCUGACGCAGGUGGAGCUGCAGGGUAACCUCCUCUCCGGAGGCUUCCCGGCCAUGGCAGGCGCGUCGAAUCUUGGGGGGAUUAUCCUCUCUAACAACCAGCUCACCGGCGCAUUGCCAGCGUCGAUUGGGAGCUUCUCUGGGUUGCAAAAGCUGCUUCUUGAUCAGAAUGCGUUCAGCGGCCCGAUACCGCCCGAGAUUGGGCGCCUCCAGCAGCUCUCCAAGGCUGACCUUAGCGGCAAUUCAUUUGACGGUGGCGUGCCGCCCGAGAUAGGGAAAUGCCGGUUGCUCACCUACCUUGAUGUAAGUCGGAACAACCUGUCUGCAGAGAUACCACCGGCUAUCUCCGGCAUGCGGAUACUGAACUAUCUGAACCUGUCCAGGAACCAUCUUGAAGGAGAGAUACCUGCAACCAUUGCUGCAAUGCAGAGCCUCACUGCUGUAGACUUCUCAUACAACAACUUAUCUGGGCUUGUGCCGGCGACAGGGCAGUUCAGCUACUUCAAUGCCACUUCCUUCCUAGGCAACCCAGGCUUGUGCGGGCCGUACCUUGGUCCAUGCCACUCUGGUAGUGCCGGAGCAGACCAUGGUGGACGCACCCAUGGUGGGCUGUCCAGCACCCUUAAGCUGAUCAUCGUCCUUGUCUUGCUUGCUUUCUCCAUUGUGUUUGCUGCUAUGGCAAUCCUGAAGGCCCGGUCACUGAAGAAAGCCAGUGAGGCACGUGCUUGGAAGCUCACCGCAUUCCAGCGCCUCGAAUUCACCUGUGACGACGUGCUCGAUAGUCUGAAGGAGGAGAACAUCAUCGGCAAAGGUGGAGCCGGGACUGUGUACAAGGGGACGAUGCGAGAUGGUGAGCAUGUUGCAGUGAAGAGGCUUUCGACCAUGAGCCGUGGCUCGUCGCAUGACCAUGGUUUCUCUGCAGAGAUACAGACGCUUGGGAGCAUCCGGCACCGCUACAUCGUGCGUCUGCUCGGCUUCUGCUCGAACAACGAGACGAAUCUCCUGGUGUAUGAAUAUAUGCCAAAUGGCAGCCUAGGAGAGCUACUCCAUGGCAAGAAGGGUUGCCACCUGCACUGGGACACCCGGUACAAGAUUGCCGUUGAGGCUGCCAAGGGGCUGUGCUACCUGCACCAUGAUUGCUCACCACCAAUCCUGCAUCGUGAUGUCAAAUCGAACAAUAUUCUUCUCGACUCUGAUUUUGAAGCACAUGUUGCUGAUUUCGGGCUUGCCAAGUUCUUGCAGGACUCUGGCACAUCAGAGUGUAUGUCAGCCAUUGCUGGUUCUUAUGGCUAUAUUGCUCCAGAGUAUGCAUAUACUCUCAAGGUCGACGAAAAGAGUGAUGUUUACAGCUUUGGUGUGGUGCUUCUUGAGUUGAUCACUGGAAAGAAACCAGUAGGGGAGUUUGGGGAUGGCGUCGAUAUUGUUCAGUGGAUCAAGAUGAUGACGGACUCGAGCAAGGAACGGGUGAUCAAGAUAAUGGACCCCAGGCUCUCAACUGUGCCGGUACACGAGGUCAUGCACGUCUUCUAUGUCGCAUUGCUAUGUGUUGAGGAGCAGAGUGUGCAGCGACCUACAAUGCGGGAGGUGGUGCAAAUCCUCAGUGAGCCACCGAAGCUGAUUCCCAAGCAAGGAGAGGAGCUUCCUGGUAGUGGUGAAGGUGAUGAGUUGGAUCCUGCCAUACCAGCUGAAACUGUGGAGUCAGUGAGCAAUGAAGCCCAAGAGCAGCAGCAACUGAGCCCGAAGUCGUCACUACCUCCCAAUCUCAUCAGCAUAUGAAAAACUGUCAAGCUAAAUUGUUGCCCUUCUUUUUUCAAAUCUAAGUAUUUAAUUCUUGUAGACUUAAGAGUUUUUGGUAUGCAGUACUCUGCAUUUAGGGCGUGGAACGUAGGUAUCCGAAGUUACAGUGUGGUAUGUUAUCUUAGGUAUCUAUGUUGUAAAUAUUAAGCUUCUUAAGUAUCUAGUUUCCAGUUACGAUCAGCCAACUGCUUGCGGAGUUAAGAGCUUAGGUAUCUUGGAGCUAUCCAGCUUCCAUUCUGUAAUGUAGGUACAAAUAAUUUAAGUCCUUUCUCCAUCCAGUGUGGCAUCAUAGCCUUGACUCUGGAAAUCAAGAUAUUUUCGAAGUGCUCUGUACUUUAUGUGUGGCCUAUUGAAAGUGAGCAGGUGUUUAAUUCAGAUGUUGCACUACCUUUCCCUCAAAUCUGAAGGCAAAGAAGAAAAGCGCUUCUAAACAUCUGGCCAUUCCUUGCCCCACAAUAUAUAGGAUGCUGCUACACAGGUGCCUGAAGGUAUGCUGUCCUCAAAUGCUUGCUUGCCUUGGCUAAGUUUACUGAAGAUUAUCACAGAUAGGCCCAUUUGGAACACACGAGUUUCGUCGGAACCUGGAAACUGGAAGAUCAAGAUCUGAUCAGCAGAAGUAGUUGACUUUGACUGGUAGUGCAACCUAGCUUUGGAGUGAAGUGAAAGCAAGGAAAGGAUUCCAUUCCUCCAAGAGUGGAUGGGGUGGAAAAGAAGCAGUUUCUGAAUCAUGUUUCAGAAAGGAAUGAAUAGUGUUUUUCAGAAGCUCCCAGCUGCAGAGCAAUGCUUGCAUGCAUGCUACAUGUGCAGUCAGUCAGCCAAAGAAAAGUAAAAGCUAGCUCAGUUGUUUCAGACUCCAGUAGACGGAUCACACAGUUGCUGUGCUUGUACCGGUCUUGCCAGUGUCUGCAGCAUGACAUGUAAAUCCAGUAAGGUUCAGUGAGCACGAGAGAAGAUAAAUUGUUUCCACCUGUAGUUUAUCACUGAAACCCAAAUGUAAGCUGUGAUUGGCUAGCUAACGAGCAUGCUCGGCUCGACUCUUAAAUGCU